GGAGCGCAGUUUCUCCCUCUCUGAGAGGAACUGUGUCUAACGGUGGUACUCUUUCUGCGCCUGCGCAGCAAGCGUUGGGAGGGCGGAACGAAUGUUUGCAGCGCGACACUCCCCUCCUUCUGCGCCUGCGCGGAGGGUGUGGUUUCGGGCGCCCCUUUUCCUCCCGCUCCUGCCUGGGCCGCCAUUUUGGCACUCGGAGCGGCCGCGGCUGAACAGGCUGAGGGGGCGCUCGGUAGGCAGAGGCGGAGGAACCCGGCCGCGUCGUCUCCGCCGGGGGCGGCCUGAGCGGGGAAGCGCGAGCGAGAUGCCCGGCCCGCGCUGAGGAGGAGGAGGAGGCCCGCCUCGGCGCCUGCCGCUCGCCCUCGCUGCCCGGCCUGGGCCUGCUCGCCCGCGCCCCUGCCCGCCAGGAUGUCGGCGUCGGCUGCGCCUGCGCGCUUCGACGCCUCGGACCGGUCGUCGUGGUACGCGGGCCCGCUGUCUCGGGCGGAGGCGCAGGGGCGGCUGCAGGGCCAGCGGCACGGCACCUUCCUGGUGCGCGACUCGUCCACCUGCCCCGGCGACUACGUCCUCUCCGUCUCGGAGAACUCGCGCGUCUCGCACUACAUCAUCAACUCGCUGCCCGGGCGGCGCUUCAAGAUCGGCGACCAGGAGUUCGAGCACCUCCCGGCCCUGCUCGAUUUCUACAAGGCCCACUACCUGGACACCACCACCCUCGUCGAGCCCGCGCCCAGGUAUCCAGCUGUGCUGGUGGGUUCUGGAUCAGCCCCCAUCAUGUCUUCUGCAGAAGACAACGUGGAAUACGUUCGGACUCUUUAUGACUUUCCUGGAAAUGAUGUGGAGGAUCUGCCAUUUAAAAAGGGGGAGAUCCUGGUCAUUGUGGAGAAGCCUGAAGAACAGUGGUGGAGUGCCAGAAACAAAGAUGGCCGCGUUGGGAUGAUUCCUGUUCCUUACGUUGAGAGGCUUGUGAGGUCUUCCCCUCAUGGGAAGCAUGGGAGCAGGAAUUCCAACAGCUAUGGGGUCCCUGAGCCUGCCCAUGCUUAUGCUCAGCCACAGACCACAAGCCCCCUUCCCAGCGUGGCCACUACUCCUGGGGCAGUGAUCUCCCCCCUGCCAUCAACACAGAAUGGACCAGUCUAUGCUAAAGCAAUUCAAAGGAGAGUCCCAUGUGCUUACGACAAGACAGCCUUGGCAUUGGAGGUUGGUGAGAUUGUGAAGGUCACAAGGAUGAAUAUCAAUGGGCAAUGGGAAGGUGAAGUUCAUGGUAGAAAAGGGCUCUUCCCUUUCACGCAUGUCAAAAUAAUUGACCCUCAGAACCCUGAUGAAAACGAAUGAUUCCCGGUGACACGUUUCUCUCUUGCUGCUUCAUUUUCCUGGCUAUCAUCAGCAUCAUUUGAAGUGCGAUGAUGACUGUUACUGGCGCCUUGUAAGCAUUGCCCAUUUUUUCCAGCUUGCUACGUUUGACAGCCCUGUAGUAUCUGUUUGGAAUGCACACAGCGAAAGUCACUUGUUGGCACUCGUACAACAGCUGUGUUGUCGAAAACUCAAGAGUUUCACCUGGAAGGAUUUGGGACCUGAAGCUCCAGAAGGUUGGUGGCCUCACCUAGGCCGAAAAACGGGUGGAGCUUCAGCUGUCAUGGCCGAGGGGUCUGUCCAUGAACAACGUUUUGCUCAGGAAGACAAUUCUAAGCAACUUUGUCAUUCAGUACAGAACAAUGAAAUGCAAUUUUUACUUCCGGGGCAAAGAAAGCUUGAUUUGAGAAGAAAUAAUUUGUUUAAGCAGUUAGAAUAAUAGUGUCUUUAGGCUUUAAUUGAUGCUUGUGUACUAUUAGCAAGACAGUUCUAUGAGUUUGUCAUUAACCUGGAAACGAGUUUGGGAUGAGAGCAAAGCAUUUUAAGGCAUGGCAUUGAACGGGGUCUACUAUUUAUAACUGUGACACAUAAUUGGUCUGUUUUGCCACACAUUUGCCUAAAAUUCUGCUGGCUGUUUGCAAAAUUGUGGCAGUAUUUUUAAAAACAUCUGAAUCAGACUGUCACUAGAUAUAAGAUUUUUGAAAGCUACAGUUUGGGUCUCACACAAAUUUGGGUGAAAUGGUACUUUGUGCCUCUUUUUCAAAGCAGAUUUUAAAAAAACCAACCAAGCAUUGAUAAUCUCCACUGGGAAUAUAAACGUAAUUCAAAAGAUACCAUUUAGACAUUUUAACUCUUCUGUGCCCUUCUGUUUAAAUCAGAAGCUGUACAGAUUGUAGUUUCUCUGUUAGAUUUUGCUAUUAUAAUGAGGAAUGCAGAAAUUGAAUGGUUUUGGCAUUUGAAGAACUGACUCCUUAGAUGGUGAUUUUCCAAAGUUUAGUCAGUGCAUGUUGUUUGAGAUUUUGGACUUCUGUGGAGCCACAUGUUCAACUCAGUAUUAAAGUGCCUUAAUUUGAGGAUGAAAGGUGCUUGAAGGUGAGGCAGUUGCAGCUAAAAUCUGAGAAGCAGUUCAGUUCACUUAUCGUUAAAACUCUGUAGUGCUGAUUAAGAGGCUGAUAAGUCUGGAGAAAAGGAGAGAGCAUGAUUUUACUGCCAAACAUACUGUGAAUAAGACUAGCCUUGAUGCUCCCAGAAAGCAUUUCUCCAUUUUAGGUGCUAACACCUCCAUAAUGCAGCUGUUCUAGAGAACAUCCAGGCAGUGGUCCCUCUUGAACUGUCUUGAGUUGCUGUGGAGUACUACUGAGCUUUGUGUUGGGAAUAUUUAAGCUGCAAUAAAUGUCAGUCCGCCAUAAGAUAAUCCUACUACGCAGCCGCCCUAACUCUCCCAAGCAGUCCUUACAUGGCAGCUUAUAGACUGUGUGCAACUUCUACCUUGAAAAGCUGCGAAACCAGUGAGUGCGUUUUUCAUUUACCCCAUUGUGACUCUUGACAUGUUGAGAGAAGAGCGCUUGCUGCUUUGGCUCCAGCUUAAGAUUCCUCUCUGCCAGCUGAACUAGUGUUAGGAUUGCAAGUGAGUCUCAAGCCUUUGUCCAGGAUCACAAGCAAGAAUAGUUGGUGCCUUCUGAUGCUUUUCAGAGGCAGCCGAGGGCUUUAUGUCCAUUUGAAGCCAAAUCGGAGGACUUCUGUCACGGCUGAUUAAUGCAGCUCAAGUGUAGCACACUAAGUUGAUUUUGAUGGUAAAACUUGCAUCAACAUGUUGCUAUUUUAUUAUGAUAAAAAUAUUUUCAUAUGGGAAAAGUAUGCUUAAUCUGCCCAUGUCACCAGUUUUUCCUUGUUACUGGCUUCUAGCUGGGCUGUGUUUCAGAGAGAUUCCUUUCGAAGAUAUUUUCUCUUCUUGGGGCUAGUUUUUGGUUAAUUGUAAGACAUCUAUGCAUUAUGAUGUAAGGUAUCAAAAGCCUUGCAGUGCAAUCCUUGGAAUGUUUACUCAGAAGUAAGUCCCAUUUAUCUGAAUAAGACUUGCUCCCCAGCAAGUGUGCGUAGGAUCAAUUUCAUUGGCAAUUGGUUGACAUGUCUGCUGUCAAAACCACCAUCUUGGGAAUUCCUCCCCCCCUUUUCCUGUUGUACAGAUCGAUCCCUGAUCAGGAAGGGGAUUGGAAGGGGGGGUGCUGGCAAGGGUGCCAAUAGAAAUGAUUGUUUACAAAAUCAGGCAGAAUGAUCAAAGGGAAUCUUGUGUUUUGGUUGGGUCUCUUUGGGGCCCCAUCCACUAUUUUUGUAAAGGGAUAGAAAGCAUUCGCUCUGCCAUUUCAUGUGCCUGCAAUAAUCUUUUUUGUCUUGUAUAAUGAACAUUCUAGAACUGGGUUGGCAGUCCAGUCAGUUUCUUUGACACUUGACUGCAAGCUUCCCUUGUGGGACCCACAGAAGCAUUCUGGGAGCUGUUAAUGGUCCUGUUGACCUGGUUUGAGUUGUCAAAUGCAAACAUCCAGAACCAUUUCUGCAGAGGGAAAAGGUGGCCUUGUAUUUAAUACAGUCUUCACUGUGCAAACAUUUUGUAUGUAAUUGAAGUAUCAUUUGAAUUUCAGGCAAUAAUGUGUUAUGCUAAGUCUUAUUUUGGGGAUCAUCAUAGCUUGUUUUUAUUUUAUGCUACAAAAUUAACAGUAUUAAAUAUAUUCUUAGAACA